AUGUCGGAGUGUAGUGACGCUGAAAAGGUGCGAAUCGCCUCUGAUUUCAUCAAGCACGCUCCACCGGGAGAGUUCAAUGAGGUAAUUCUAAACAGUAAACCAUGCUUUGACUGAAAUCGUUUCUUCAGGUGUUCAAUUCGGUGAGAAUGCUCUUGAAAAACGAUGAACUUCUCAAGGAUAAGUGCGUUAACGCGAUCGCGCAGUACAACGUGGGACAAUUCGUGCCAGUGAAGCUGGAUGGAGUUGCCAAGCAGACACUGAUCACUCCCUAUAACGACUUGGGCAACGGUCGCUUUUAUGAUGAAGUGUCGAAGAAAAUCUUCAAGUACGAUCACGUUCGCAAAGAGGCCAGCGACCUUCAGCCACAUCCGGCCGAGUCUGGAGUCACUGAACAGUGGAGACAAGCUCUGCAAAACCACUUGGACACUUACAUCGAUGAGCACUACGCGAAGAGUGGCACUGGAGUGGUCUUCGCCAGAAAUGGCACAUUCACUAUCUGCAUUGAGUCUCACCAGUUCCAGCCGAAGAAUUUCUGCAACGGCAGAUGGCGUUCUGAGUGGAAUGUGCCAGUCGGAGACGGAAAGUCCGGAUCGCAGGAUAUGAAGGGAAAAGUGCUCUCCCAAGUUCACUACUACGAAGACGGAAACGUGCAGCUGUUCUCUGAGAAGGAGCCCGUUCUCAAGGUCAACGUCUCAGUAAGUUUUUUUGAAAUUGAACAAUUCCAAAACAAAUUAUAUAAAAGUUGCAGGCUGAUUUCGAGAAGACUGCCAAAGAUAUCCUUCACGCGAUUGCGGAGGAGGAGACCAAGUAUCAGAAUGCAGUGCAGGAGAACUAUGCUAACAUGUCGGACACGACAUUCAAAGCGCUGCGCCGGCAAUUGCCAGUCACCAGAGCCAAAAUGGACUGGAACAAGGUAGUUUUCCGUUCCACGCUUGUUGUACUGAGGACAUCAUAUUUCAGGCUCAAACUUAUCGAAUUGGGCAAGAGAUGAAGUAAACCUGCCUCGUUGUCUCCUCGCUUUGCUUCGAUUACUGUCUUGCUGCUGGUUCAUCACCGUCCAUUAUUCUGCCUGCUUUCGCUCUAAAUAUUGUCAGAAUUUUAAUUCCUUCGGGCAGGAAUAUUGAAUUGAAAUAUCAAAAACACCAACUUUGGCCAAAAGCCGGACUCUUGACGUGCUUUACAACAUAAUAUUUCACUCCGCUGCUUCUGCUGCCCGUUUCAUUAUUUUUCCUUUUUCCAACUGUUCGAUAAGUUGUUUUUUUUUAUUUCAACAACAUGAUAUGAUAAAAAUUGGCGUUUCCGUAGUAGUUUCUUUUUUUCGUCCGAUCCGAAGGUUUGAAACCUCGAAACUACUUAUAGAACAGAUAGUACUUCUUUACGUAUAACUUACACGGUAUUUAUAAGCGCGUGUGAUUUAGUGACAGUUUGAUUCUCAUUCAGAUGCAAAACCUCACUGAGAUUCUCAACGCGACGUUGAUCGGAAAUGCGUCGGAUAUAAUCUCAUCCAGCACUGUUCCGAUGACCACGACUACAAUUUCCAACACAACCACGUCUGCAGAUCCCUCGACAAGUAGAUUUCUGAAAACUUUCGAAAUUUCACGCUUUUUUUCAGCGUAUCUGCCACCAGCUGGUAAUCACACAACUGCCACGUCAAUUGCCUUUAUCACGUUGGUGGUUUUCGGUGUCGCCGUCGCGUUGAUUACGAAGAUCGUGAUCAGCCACAAGAAAAAGUAUGAAAAGUGCAUUAUAUAAUCAGAACAUCUUUACUUUUUUUACAGAAGAGCAGAGUUGAUUGGAUCUGCAAGAUGGAGACUCUCGGCAUCGAGACAGAGCGCCUCUUCCGCGUCAAGUGUGAAUGGACAAAGCUCGGCCACGUAUCUUCCGAUGGGACGUGGAGGGUAAGGAUCUGAAACAAAGCAGAAGGAUUAUUUAGUUUUCGACUCAUUUCAGAAACAACCGUUCAUUGAAUAACCAGCGACAGCCACUCAACUCUCUCGAUCAUCCUACUCCAGACCGUCUCGACUGGGAACGGCAGUUUUUCGAUGACUCGGAAGCCACGGUAAGUAAUGAGAAAACGCCAUAUUGUUUUUUGAACUACUAAUCUCAUUCAGAUUAAUGUUGAAAUUUAAAUGUAAAUUGAAAAAAAACCUUUGUAAGUUGAAAUCUGUUGUCAUGUGCUAGUAGGAUCUUUUCUCCUGAUUGCCGAGAAUUGUCCGAGAAUUUUGAGUUUUCAGGCUCCUUCCCGUCUCAUCUCCCGUUGA